AUGUACAAAGUUGACAAGGCCUCCAUGCUUCCAGCAGUCAUGCGGAAUGAUCCAUGCCUGGCGGCUCGCCCGGAUAUGCGGCGUUCCAUGGAACAGUGGUGGGGCGGCUCGUUGUGGGAUCCGCGUGACCCAUCGUCUGGAGAGUUCUUCGGUUCCGACUUUACGUGUGGAUCGAGCAUGCGUGAUGUGCUUGCAGCACUGCGGCUCUCAGAUGGCGAGAGCGAGCGGCUGGCCUUGGCGGUCGCGGAGGGCGAUUUGGUCGAGGCAGAAAGGCUCCUUGUAGCCUCAGCGGAUGUGACCCCUGCCCUGCAUUUGGCGCUUCAGAUUGGAGCCGCCCCGGAGACCGUCGAGCUCCUAGCGGCCUGCUGCUCUCGGCUGAACGUGUGGCUGCCAGAGCCUGCUGUCGUGACCUGGGCUAGGGCCACUUGCCGCGCAGCGCUGAGCGGUCGGCCCCUGCGUGGUGCGACAGCCAAGCUGGACUCGCUGCUCCUGGCAGGCGCGGAUGUGAACUCUAUUGGCAGGGGCUGCGAGACGGCACUUCACAUCCUUGCACGAACGCUCCAGCUCCUGUGGCAGGAGUCGCAACGCUACUCUCUGCGAAGCAAGAGUCUUUCGCGCGAGAUUCAGGAACACCCAAGCGACAAGAAUGUCUUUGAGGGCAGUGCUGUGACAGCCUUCUCUUUGCGUUCAACGUGGAGACGCAGCAGGAGCUCAAUAAACUUUGGCAUGACCUCGUCUCACGAGGCGCAGAUGCGAGCAUGGCCGAUGGUGAGAGCUCUUCUGCGCUUGAAAGGCUGUCUGCGACACAGUGCACGGAUCUCUUGGUCUCCAAACGGAGGACAUAUGCCAUGCGACGCUAUCACCAUGCCAGGCCGGCAACAUUGA